AUGGAGGAUAGAGAAGUGGAUAUAGAAGAAUUAGACAAUUCGUCGGAAGAAAUCAUGAUGGGCCAACAAGAACCUAAUGACAAACCACUAGAGUAUCAUACUCUGGUAUGUAUAGAAGACCAUAACAAGAAGGUCGAUGAUGAAGGUGGAAAGAGCGGACUCAUGCAUUACACAGGGAGUCCUUCUGAUACAGAAAUCAAAUACUCCCAACUGAUGCCUAUUGAAAAUGAGCCAGGGAUUAUUGCUGAUCAGUCUAAAAGAGGCAUGCAUCAUAUGUUUUGUAUUACCAUGUACAAUGAGCCUUACAUUCAGAUAUUACAAUCUCUCUCAGGAAUCUAUAGAGCUUACUUUGAACUGCUGGAAAUCAACCAGAAAACAUAUGAAGACAAGAUCUCAAUUUGUAUUGUUUGAGAUGGCUACCCAAUUUUUACUAAAGGGGAUGAGAAGAUUAACAACUGGCAAAGAUAUGAGAAGGCUGGCAUUUAUGAUCAUGAUGCUCCGAGUAGUUAUUGGGAGAUAAACCAAGAGAAAGAAGGAAGUAGCAGAGAUACUCAUUUCAAGUACUCUGAUGUGCCUUCUCUUUCAAAACUAUCAAACGACUGUAUUAAUAAUGAUGAUGGAUCUUUUGGAAACAAAGACUCUAUGAUUUCUUUGGAAACUAAGAACAUCGCCCACUGCUACUCUAGGUCCAUGAGGUUUGAAGAUUUCCUGAGUGGUCUUAGUGUUCAAGAACAUCAAGGCUUCAAGAUUGAUAGCCUUGCAAUUGGAGACUUUCUUUAUGGUGAUGAUGAGGAGACAAAUAUCAAGAAAAGGAGGUUCUAUUCUAUGUCUAUCGAUGUGCAUCUUGUUGUCAAGCAUUUCAACAGAGGCAAGAUUGAGAGUCAUCUUUGGUUCUUCAAAGGCUUCUGUAACACAGUUCAACCAACCUUGACAACCAUUAUCGACGCCGGUACCAUUCCCCUCUGGAAUAGUUUGUCUAGAAUGUCUAUUUUUAUGGAGCUGAAUUACAAUACUGGAGCUUGCUGUGGAGAAAUAGAAGUGAUGCUCAAUGAAAAGCACGAUGAUGGUAGAGAAGUUUCUUUCUUCGAGAGCAUUCUUCAAAGAUCCCAGUACGUCGAAUACAAGCUUUCUCACUAUCUCGACAAGUCUGCUGAAUCGUUGUUUGGCUACAUCUCAGUCUUACCUGGAGCGUACUCAAUGUUCAGAUGGCAAUGCAUCAAAGGAGUUCCUUUGAACGAAUUCUUGAAAGGGACAGUCAUCUCCGACCCAUCAAGGCCAUACCCUUCUUGCUCUGAAGGCAACAAAUUCCUUGCAGAAGAUAGGAUCAUGCCCUUAGAAAUAAUAUCUAAAGAAGACAAGCCAUUCAUUAUUAGAUAUGUUCCUGGCUGUAAGGCUUAUACUGACGCUCCGAGUGAUCUUAAAGUGCUGAUCAAACAAAGGCGGAGAUGGUUCAAUGGAAGUCUUUUUGCUACUUUAUAUGUGCUGAGGAAUCCACGAAAAAUUUACAGGAGAAGUGAUAAAUGGAGAGUUUGGCUAUAUUGGUUGUUCUUCUUGUACAUGGCGAUUAACACUUUAGCUGGACUUCUCAUUGUUGGUCUGUACUAUGCAGCCUACUCCAUAUUCUUGAGAUCAGUGUUCUCAGAAGCAGAAUGACCUGACUUAUCCAAAACAGCAAAUAUUCUUGAGAAUAUCUACCUGGUUUUCACAUUCUUUACAUUGAUCUUGAGCACCUGCGUUCGCUUGGAAUGGUGCGAUAGGCUCUUCAAAGCAAUCGCUGUGUUUAUGGGAGUCUUCUCAGUUUUGAUGAGCGCUGCAGUGUUGAUCUCGGUGAUGAAUCUAGAACUCAACUACAAGGUUUAUAUAGCCGUGGGAGGAGUUAUCUGCACUUAUGUGUUGCCAAUGGUUCUUAACUUUAAAAGACUAAAGCUAUUAAAUUUUCUGAAAGGGACUAUCUACAUCUUUUUCAUGACUCCAACGUACAUCAACAUCAUGACCAUUUACUCUAUUUCGAAUAUCCACGAUGUGACCUGGGGGUCUAGAGGCUCUGGAGAUGGAGUCAAGCCAGAGAGUACAAGAGACAAAGCCCAGAGGAUUGACUAUGAGAACUUUAGAUGUAACUUUCUAAUUGUCUGGCUGCUUGCGAAUAUUGUGACUGGUUGGUGUGUUGUGUUUUUCUCAAGAGAAGAUCAGACUGAGUAUUUGUUCAUUGUUAUUUUGAUUCUGGGAGGAAUCAUUGCACUUAAGAUCUUUUUCUCCGUAUUAUAUGAGAUAAGGUUCUUGUGCAAAAAUAUUAGAAUGAAAAACCACAUCAAAAGAAAUAAAAAAGAAAAGAAAGGAAAGAUAUUUAAAAUAAAGGAAGAUUCAAAGUCAUUUGUGCAUGAUAUAACCUGAAACAAGCUCCUUGAUCAAACAAACGUCUACCAAUCCCAUGCCGACUCCCUCCACUCCAACCAAGACACUUCCAUCCACAACGUGUGGCAGCCAGCUCCCCCCAAUCCAAGCCCUCCCGACCAGAUUCCUUCCUCCAAAGAUGAAGAAGAAGAAUUCCAAGAGGAGAAUCCUCCUGUUGGAAAUUGGGUUGACCCUCUUCAUGGCUUGGAAUAG